ACCUUCGUUUCUUCGUAAUUCACCGCACCCACUGGAGGCAGGAGGAUCGAGCAUCCUUGUUUUGUCUCAGUCAGUCCUCAAAAAGAAACAAAUUCUGACGUUGCCAGUUCAAGCAGACAUGGCUCGUGAGAGGAGAGGGAGCCAUUCGUCCCUGAGUUAGCCGACUGGCAGCUUUUAUUUUCCCCCCUCCCUCUCUUUAAUUCAAAACCAUGGCUAAGCAGUACGAUGUGCUCUUCCGACUCCUGCUUCUCGGAGACUCUGGGGUUGGAAAAACAUGUUUGCUAUGCAGAUUCACCGACAAUGAAUUUCACCCGUCCCACAUUUCAACCAUAGGGAUUGACUUCAAAAUGAAGACAUUGCUAAUAGAUGGUAUCAAAGUGCGCAUUCAGAUAUGGGACACUGCAGGCCAAGAACGCUACCAGACCAUCACGAAGCAGUACUACAGGCGAGCGCAGGGAAUUUUUCUGGUCUACGACAUUACAAGCGAACGCUCCUUCCAACACAUUAUGAAGUGGGCCAGUGAUGUGGACGAAUACGCUCCAGAAAAGGUUCAAAAGAUCCUGGUCGGGAACAAGUCGGAUGAGGUGGACAAGAGGCAGGUGCCAACAGAGCAAGGAGUCAAGCUGGCAAGAGCUUAUGGAAUGGAUUUUUUUGAGACAAGUGCCUUCACCAACCAUAACAUAACAGAGACUUUUACACGGCUGGCCGAGCAGGUGCUGGCAGCUAACAAGAAAGACCUGGAUCUUUUGCGGAUUUCUCUGAACGAUGAGCUUAACCUGGCUGCUCUGGAAGAAGAGGAGGGACUGUGUGACGGCGGGUCUGCCGACCAGGGAAAAGGCUGCUGGUGUUAAAGGAGCGAACACAAUGAGUUGAACUGUCUCCAUCAGAUCCACACAAGUAUGCGGAGUGUGUGGGGAAUAAUGAUAGUUCCUGCUUAUCAGUCACCAUUGGGGAAAUCACAUUAUGGAAAGCCGUUUGAGCAUUUUUUGCUAUUGUUGAUAUCCAGCUACAGGUCAGUGUACAAAUCUAGGUCGAUCCGGCUGCAAAAGUAGAAUGACUGUGUCUUAUUACUGUAGUAAUUUUAUUUUCUGAUUAUUUUUUGUCCAACUUCUGACAUUUUAACAAUAAAGGGUUCCCGCGGAUCCUUAAAAAGUCUUAAAAUGUCUUAAAUAUAUAAUCUGGAUAAUCAAGGUCCUAAAUUGUCUUUAAUUUAAUGACAAAUUGGAUGGCAUUCAUUCACUGCCACGCCCCCACUUCAAACAGAUUGGACGUCUACUAAUGAAUGACGUUUUUUUCUUCAUUAGAAAUUUUUGCGACAUGUUUUGUUCUUCAGUUCCAUUUUUAAGGUCAUAAAAAUGUCUCAAAAAAGAAUUAAAUGUAACUUUUAAAACGGUGCAAGAACUCUUUAAAACACAGAUAAACCUUAUUGGUUAACUAUUAUGCUGGACUAGUAACACUAUCAUAACCACCUACUCUAAUAGGCGUGUGUCAUUCACUG